CAAACUAAAGAGAGCACACUGCAGGCUUUCAGCACAGCCCAGCAUGCUAAAGCUCUUUUAGAUGUGAAUUAAUUCCCAUCUGGAUCAAGACUUCAGUCCGUUUUCACCUUCUUCGUUUUACAGCCAGCUGUACCAUUUAUGGGCAAUGUAAACAGAAGGAUUUAAAUCCAAGACCGGGAGAAAAUACAGGAAAACAACUGCUUGAAAGGCUGUGGAGAGGACAUCUCGAGGACAAAAGGCAGAGGAAAGAGGUUGCCAUGGAAGCAGCAGGAUACCAGCAGAGAAAUGUUGUCCUGUUUAUAGUGACAUUUCUAGUUUCCCCAGUGGUCCAUGGGGUACUGGGCUGUCGAAUUGGCACUGGUUCAGAGUGUGAGAAAGCUCCUUUUGUCCCAGGCCACAACCUGGCUGGGGAAGGGUUUGACGUGGUGCGACUGCGUCGAACAGGAGCAUAUGUGAUCAAUGUCAAAUCUCAUCUGGGCGACAACCAUACCUGUACACUGUGUCCAAACAGAUUCCAGAACGGACAGAUUCAGAAACUCCCAGCUGCAGUGCUCGACUGGCGUCCUUUAAGCCGCUGCAGCAAACAGCUGUCUAGUGCGCUACACCACUCUGUGGACUCUCUGCUGCGCAGCUCCAACUCGCUGGUCAACAACAACUGGGGUUUGGGCUUGAACCUUAACAACAUCGGCCAGGCCGUGCUAGGAGGAAGCCGCUCAGACUUGGCCAAGUUUGCUCGCUCGCAGCACAGUGUGGACAAAGCUACUUUUGCCAUUCAUGAAAUCAGUUGCUCUUACUAUAGCUACAGGCUGGCUGAUCAUCCACAGCUGAGUGCGGAGUUCACAAAGCAUCUAAAAAGGCUCCCACAGAGUUUGAACACGGUCCAGAACAGAGCCCUGUACAGGCGGCUCAUAGACACUUACGGGACACAUUAUAUACACCAGGUCCAGCUCGGAGGUAAAGUAAAGCGAAUCACUGCCUUCAGGACCUGCCUGGCCACACUGAAGGGCUUCUCAGAGUCCGAGAUUAAAAACUGUCUUAACCUUGAACUCCGUAUGGCUCUGGGUUUUCUCCCUUCCAAUGCAUCUUUCUCCAACAAGUGUGACAACCUCCUGAAGGGCAACAUGAGCAUGGGCUUCUAUCAGGGCUUUAUGACACAUAAGAUUGAGGUAAUUGGAGGGGAGCGAUAUUUCCCUGACAUCCUUUACCAGCAAGACCCAUUGGAAGCCUACCACAGUUGGAUAAACAGUCUCCAUGACAACCCUGAUGUGGUUUCUUACGCCAUCUUCCCUCUGCAUCAUCUGGUGGAGGACACACAGAUCAGUGCUAACCUGAGGAGCGUGGUCACAGAGUAUAUACAAGAGAACCAGCUGAAAGAGGAGCAGCGCAGUCUGAAAAACUGUUCCCCGACUUCCAACCUGGACCAUAACUGCUGUCCUUUAAGAGCCGGCAGAGGAACUCUAAAACUGGAAAUCCACAAAGCUGCAGGGCUGAGGGCCGACACCUUCACAAAAACAGAUGCAUAUGUGAAAAUCUUCUACGGUGGGAUGUAUGAGGAGACGGAGACCGUGAUGGACAACAAUGACCCAGUGUGGAACGCCACGUAUGAUUUUGGCUCAGUGGAGAUGGGCCGAGAGUUGAGGUUUGAAGUCUGGGAUAGGGAUGUGCUUUAUAACGACAUGGCAGGGAUAUGUGUCGUCUAUCCUGAAAGGGGAACUCAUUCCUUAAGCUGUCAGCUCCGAAAAGGAGUUCUCUAUUUCACCUACUUUAUUACAUGUGAUGCUCAUUUGACAGGGUUCAGAUGUGGACGAUACUCUCCAAAUGCUGAGUAA